AUGAGUAAAAGUAAAGAAAAAUUUUUCGAAGAAUCUCGCCGUUCAUUAUCUCCAUCAGACAGACGAUUUUUCUAUGAAGAUGAUCAAAUCGAGGAAAAUACUGUUCAAUUAUGUUUACAAUCAACACAAUUAGAUUUAAUAAAAUUCAAUGAAUCUGAUGUUCAUAUUCUUUGGUUAACCAAUAAUGAUAAAAAUGAAGUAUUAAAUAAUAUAAAUAUAAAAAUAUUUCAUUCAAAUGAUCAUUUCAUUGAUUUUCUAAGUGAAAUAAAAACAUCAAAUAUAUUUUUGAUUAUUGAUUAUGAAUUCGUAUCAAAUAUUUUAUCAAUCUUAGAUGAUUUUACACAAAUUAUAUUUAUUUAUAUUUUAACAAAUGAAGAUUCAAUUAAAAAUCCUAUUGUAACAGAUUCAAAAAGAUCAAUUCGAUACAGUUCGAAUAAUAAAAGUGAACUUUUUCAUUUAAUUCUUGAAGAUAUUGAAAUCUGUACAAAAGAUUCAAUAUCAUCAACAAUAUUUGAUUUUUCAACAGAAGAAGAAUCAUCAAAUCAAAGUGAAAAUCUAUCAUUUAAUGGUAUAUUAUCAAGAUUUAAUAAUUUUAAAUACAUAUCUCGACNUCUCAUUUCUAUAUGGAUCAUAAGUAUACUCAGUCCAUUGGAAUAUUAUCUUCGUAAUGAAAUUAUUUAUGUUGUUGAUAAUCAAAUAUGUAUUAUGCCAAAUCGAUUGUCAUUUUCAAUUAUUUAUAUGAUGUUUUCGGUUUACCUGUUUCCUUUAACAUUGUUAAUGAUGAUUUAUUUGAAACUAAUUCGAUACGUCAAAACAAUGAACCGUCGAACGACACCUGUGAAUAUUUUAUUACGUAAUCAGAGAGAUUUGGAAAUGUUCCGACGUACGGUCGUUCUUGUGAAUAUUCUAUUGACUUUUGGAAUUCCAUAUGUCACUUUUGUCGUUAUUUCAUUUUUCAUGGAUCUGCCAAAAUAUUAUCAUCGUAUUGUUUUUUGCUUUCUUGCUGUUUCUCCGACAUUUUUAAUGAUAAUAAUGUUCAAAUGUACAGAUCCACUUAAAUGCGCUAUAAUGAGAAGAAUCAAACAACAACCCAAUCGAAUACUACCCAUGAUAGUAGUAUGA